AUGCGCGUUAAUCUCAGCCUCACACUCGCCGCACUCCUCUCGGUGUCCCACGCCAAGGGCCCUUGCGACUCGCCCAUCUACUGCGAGGGCGACAUACUACACGCCGUGCAAAUGGCCAAACUGUACCCUGACGACAAGACCUUUGUCGACAAGCCCACAAUCAAGCCCCUGGAUGACGUCUUGGCGGCAUUCAAAGCAAUCGGUGGCACCACAGCCUCGCGCUCGGCAAUUGCCAGCUUUGUCGACGCAAACUUUGGGCUCGAGGGCACUGAGCUCAAGGCUGUGAAUCUGACUGAAUUCACAAGCUGCCCAAAGUUCCUGUCGCACAUCCACAACCCGCUGCUGCGCGCAUACGGAGGCGCAGUCAACGGGUUUUGGAAAGACCUGGUCCGCGAACAGGACCUGACGUCGCUCUGCGGUGGGUGCGUCUCGUCGAUGCUGCCGCUAAAGUAUCAUUUUGUUGUGCCUGGCGGGCGGUUCCGCGAGAUCUACUACUGGGACACGUACUUUACUAUGGAGGGCCUUCUUAGGUCUGAGCUGUACGACACCGCCAGGAGCAACAUCGAGGAUCUGCUUGAUCUCGUCGACAGCUACGGAUUCGUGCCUAAUGGUGCCCGCGUGUACUACCUCGAUCGGUCCCAGCCGCCUCUACUGACGCUGAUGGUCAAGAUCUACUUUGAGCACACAAACGACCUGGCCUUUGUCAAGAAGGCCCUACCGACUCUCAAGAAGGAGCACGGGUACUGGAUAGCCAACCACUCGGUCUCCGUGCCGUGCAAGUCUGGGUCCGUCACGCUGAACCGCUAUAUUGCGGGGAUCUAUGCUGAUAUGGCUACGGGCGCCGAGACCGGCUGGGACUACAGCACGCGGUGGGUGCGCAACCCUAAGGCACCCGCUGACCAGCUCCUGUUUGGCAUCCGCACGCGCCAGGUCGUGCCUGUCGAGCUCAACGCCAUUCUUUACCAGGUCGAGCAGGCAAUCGCUCGCCUGGACCGCCUGGCCGGCGCCGGCGACUGCUCCGACUACGAGCAAAUGGCGGCGACGCGCCUGGAUGCAAUGAACAAGGUGUUCUACGACAGUGCCUCCGGGAUGUACUUUGACUGGGUGCUUGAGACGAACUCGCGCUCGACGAUUUGGUCGCCGGCCGCACUGUGGCCGUAUUGGUCGUUCGGCAGUAGGGCGCCCCAGGAUGGCGGCAAAAGGGCGUUUGAUUAUCUAGCUGGCGUUCUGUCAAAGAACCCGGGUGGUGUGCCCACCACGCUCAACAACAGCGGGCAGCAAUGGGACUGGCCUAAUGUGUGGCCGCCCCUGCAGUAUGUGCUGAUGCAGGGUGCGCUCAACCGCAAGGAUCACAAGCUGGCGACUGUGCUUGCCCAGACAUACGUCGAUGCGGUGUUCUGCUCAUGGUACAACACCGGCGGCUCGAUUCCCAAUGUGCUGGCACAGCUGCCUGGGGAGUCUGAUAUAGGACAUAUGUUUGAAAAGUUCAACAGCACCAGUAUUGGCCAGCAGGGCGGCGGCGGCGAGUACACUGUGCAAAGCGGUUUUGGGUGGACCAACGGCGUGUUGCUGUGGGCACUCGACACCUUUGGCAACAGGCUGGCUACCCCGCAGUGUGUUGCUACUAAAGAUUAA